AGAUUAAUGGGACCAAAAGGGCACCGGACAUCAUUUAUCAGCGUCUGUGCAAAUACGACCAAGCAGCUAGAGAGUAAAUGCGUGAUUCCGAUCGUCACUAUAUCUAUACUGCUCCGGUUCCAGGCACCGCCCAGGCAGCUCCGAAAGUCGUGUUAUCUCCGUGCGCCCAUUUUACUGGCCAAACUACCGCACCGCAACGUUGCACACACGCAAAGUCGACGCGUCGCGCUAGACCUUUACAAAUCACAAACGGCCAUAUUUUUAUAGUUACGGCUGACUGCAGAGAUCGGACUAAGCAGUGUCCUGCGAAAAUCGCAUAGACGUGCAUGAAGUCACAACUAGCUAUACGUGGCAACAUAGCUUGAUACUACAUAGCACAUUUCGUAGCGCACUGAUAUACGGAGAUCUUAGAUAUCCGCAGACUGUGGGAUCAUGUCGCAUAGCUGGCUCUACAGCGGUGAGAAGGCGUUCGUACUGGACGUAACGGCCGUGUUAAUACUACUCGUCAUCUUCCUGCUGACAGUGCGUUGGCUCAGCUUCCCCAAGAACCUACCGCCAGGACCGUUAGGCUUACCCCUAGUCGGCUACCUGCCGUUUCUCACUAAUCAUCCUUACCUGAAGUUCACAGAGCUAAGUAAAAAGUAUGGAUCGGUCUUCACCGUCUGGUUCGGCUCGCUUCCGGUGAUUAUUGUGAGCGGAUAUGACGCGGUGUACGAGGCCUUCGCUACGCGUGAACACGACUUCAUGGAGAGACCUCAUCUAACAAUUCCACGCAAACUCUUCGGAUACGAUGGUCUGAUCUUCGGUGCCUACGGGGAGCGAUGGAAGAACACACGUAAAUUCACCAUGACGGCGCUGCGAGACUUCGGCGUCGGCAAGGCAACGCUAGAAGAACGCAUCAUAGCGGAGCUGGAGGCGGUCACUGAGGAGUUGGAUCUUACGAAGGGAGCGCCCUUCAACCCAAGGCGCAUCAUGAAGCAGGCUGCUUCAAACGUCAUCUGCUCCAUUAACUUUGGAGACAGAUUCGAGUACAGCGACAAGAGGUUUCAGCACUUGAUGAAUUUGACCGAUGAGCUCUUCUCGAUGAGAAUUAUAACGAACGCGGUUAACGUGAUGCCAAUCCUACGCUUCAUCCCCAACGGCAUACUACCAAAGGCCCUCGCCAUUAUGAAGGACAUCCGCAAAUUCACGCAAGAGGUCGUUGAUGAGCACAGAUUGACGUUUGACCCCAAUGCCAUACGAGACUUCGUGGACUAUUACCUAUUGGCACAGCAGGAGAGCGCUCAGGUGGAUAGUGCUGGCACCAUUAUCAAGGGCGUUCAUCUGGACAGCUUGAGCGAUAGUCAUCUAUUUCCAAAUAAUGAUCGACUUAUUCAACGCUGGGACGAGACGACAGCGAACCAGUCUCGGCUGCCGUUUGUUUCCUCAUACCUGCUGAAACAUCCAGGACGUGCAGCGAAAGGUGCAACAGGAGAUUGAUACGGUAAUCGGACAUGCACCGGCGCGGCCAUCUUGGAAGGAAACCGCGACAGCCUCCCUUACACGCACGCCAUGAAUCGUGGAGACGUGCAGCGACACGGCUAACCAU